GUAGGGGGUUGUUGUUGAACCCGCCAUUCCUCCCACCCCCGCGUGCGCGGCUUUCCCCAGCUUUGGCCAUCCCAUACUCUGGACCAGCAAAGCAGCGGCCCUCCAACGUAUUACAAGCAAUCCGGAAGAAAAUAGAAGGUCUUUUAUUCACAUAGGGGACGGGGAGAGAGAGGAUGUCACCCACUGCCAACGAGCCCGCACGCCACUGUUACCGCAAGCAUGCAGGAGAUUAGUGGGACGUCGGCUUUGCCAAGUUACUCCCGGCCACCGAGGCGAUCGGUGAGGUCCAGGGAAGGAUGUCUGACCUGCAAACGUCGCAAGGUCAAAUGUGACGAGUCCAGGCCCCGAUGCAGUCAUUGCGAGCGUCUAAACCUGGAAUGCAAGUGGCGGCCGCAGAGCAGUAUCGCCGCCGCUCACUCGAUGCUGGCAGCCGCAGGCCCUCCGGGGUCCGGCCACAGUCCGGCCGUGCCGUCCCAUGCUACCGAUGCCUCCGUGUCGCCGGCUGCGUCUGUCUUCCAGCCUAUGCAGGCCGUCGAUGAGAUAUUCGACUAUGCCAGCUUCAUGUGGGACGCUGGCGAUGCCUGGCAGCAAGUGAACCCGGAACCAGGCCCGCAGAUGAGCCUCGAUGGACAGGUUUUGCGAACUCACUAUGGGGGCCAGCCUCUAGGAGGUCGGCAGGCACCACUCAUGAGCAGUCCGCCGAACCUCAGCUUCCCGAAUCGAACUGCCAUGGACAACCUGCCGGACCCAUCACCGAUUCCCGAUGCCGGCAGUCAGUCAGGGCAGGUCAUGGCUCUGAAUGUACCGACAGAAGAUGACCGACUGAUGGACUACUUCAGCCGUGUAGUCGUACCACCUAUACUCGCCGAGGUCGAGACACAGAAGAAGUGGCUAGCGAUCCGCCAGGUCGUCGUGGAGAUGGCCGGCGCGUGUCAGAUGGUCAAGUGGGCAGUCCUCGCCUUCUCAAACCUCAUGUUGUCUCGCCGCGAGAGUACCUGGCUCGCCAGCCCCGAGGAUCAUUACCAGAAGGCCGUGUCGGAGGUGGCAGCUUGCGGCGAUGAAUCAUCACGCGUGACUGAAGGCCACAGCUCCCGCCGAGAACAUCUGCUAGCGACCCUCUUCUUUCUGAGCUACGUCGAUAUCCUGAGAGGACAGAUCAAGGCGGCGGACUCCUUUCUGAAACGGGCAUAUGGGCUGUUCCAGCAAGGGGAGAAGAGCAGCUUCGCCGCCAUCGAGAAGCAGUUCCUGCAGUGGAUGCGUCUCCUCGACGCUCGCGCCGUCUCCGCCGGCGGGCAAGGGCUGCUCUUGUCCAAGGAUGACGAGCUGCUCCUGGUCGAAGCAUCGCCGGCAAGCUUCGACGGAGGCGUCGCCGACUCGGCGAGAGAGGACCUCGCUGACGGCGACAUCGAAGACGUCUUGUUCCAGGUUUUGUAUCAACCCGGAAUCGUCUUUUUUCAAAAGGUGCAGAGCUUCAUGGGACGGAUAUCAAAGAUCGACCCUUGGCACCGAUCCCGCGGCACGGUCGAGGACGAAACGGAGGUCAUGAACAUCGGGGCCGCCAUCGCCGCCGAUCUACGGACCCUCUACGAACAGCGGCCGCCGCUGAUGGACUACGCCGUGGCCGGGAAGCUGACGGAGCCUCACGUCUCCCCCCAUCUCGCCUUUGUCAUAACCCGCGCUUUCCGCACCUACCUCGCCAACUACCACGCGAGCAAAGUCCACCUGCACAGGGUGGCGUACAAGUCGUUCCCGCUGACGAAGGAGGCGGACGACGCCCUGGGUCAGAUCCGACGCCUGGCCAGGCUGCUCGUCGACUCUCUGGACGCAGACAACUCGCUGCCGGUCAACAUGCUUUGGCCUCUUCUGAUGCUGGGCUCCGAGGAGCAGGACCCCCAAGAGAGGAUCUGGAUCAAGACGCAGAUCCUGCGGAUGGAACGGGUUGCCGGCAACGCCAAGAUCACGGCCCAGGUGCUGGAAGAGGUUCAGGCUAGGCAGGAUGCCGAGAAGGUCCGGGUUGACAUCCGAUCUGUCAUGCAUGCCAUCUUCAACUCGUGCUUCGCAAUAGUCUGAUGCCAACGGGGCACGAAACAUUCGCGCGGCACGCCGAGCACGCCAGCUUGCCCAAGCCGCCGUAGUCAUCUUGGACGGUCACCCAUGAAGAUUCUUAUAAAGUUCUUCAAAACUUCUACAUGGAUGGAAGACAACCGAGUAGCAGCUGGAGGCCGUAUGUAAGUGUCACUGCUGGACGUUGGUAAAAUCUACAAGACGACCGAUCUCGCAACACUCAGCACCAAACAAGCAAGCAUCAGCACAGCUAUUGAGAUACCCAGCUAAUUCAAUGUACAUAUCACCAUUUAUCUUUUGCGCCGUUGAACCUCUCCACGUUUCCAAACCAACUGUUAACUCUUCAAAUGCACUUGCCCAACCGCACCAUCGGCUAGAGCCGAUGGGGCCGACACUAGCGCAGCCGACACGGGUGGAUCCCGAUCGGAAGACCCGCUUUCGGCCGUGAGACCAGCCCACCCCGAUCGGGAGAAGCAUGCCUCUGGGCCGCAUCGGACUCCUUUCACUGGAGCACGACAAACUUAUUCACAACAGAUGACCACGAAAAUGAUGGAAUUGCGGGAUGCGGGAUGCGGAGAGUGCACCAUACACCCUGUCCACAUCUGGAGACACCCCACAAGAUGACCGACUCAUUGCAUGGGCGGAUUCAUGCCCGUGGAGAGGGUCGGCUUGUCGGGAAUAUGUCACCCUGAGGAGCCCCGCGGUUCGAUAUCCAGCGCGGGGUCAAAGACUCCGAGGCGCGGAGCUCUGCAGAUACUUGUAUUGCCCAGUUCCGUCACUCCUCACUCCUG